AUGUCUGCCAUAGAAUAUAGUUAUUUACUGUUUGAAAUAAGUGAAAAACUCGACGAACUCUAUCCAAUCCAUCGUCUUCUGUUCGCGUGUCGAAAGUAUCUGUCAUCUGGAAGCGAAGGCAACAUUCAGGAUACGCUAUCGUUAUUUAAGGAAUUGGAAGAUCAGCAAAGUCUCGAAAUUGAUAAUCUGGUGGUUAUCAAAGAGCUUUUAAAAGGUGUCAGAGAAUGGCCUCUUUUUGGAAAAGUGAAAAGACUCGAGAACAAACGGAAAGAAUACAACGCCUUGCUCAAGGAGAUAAUUCGUGUGCUCGAAGAACUCAAUGAUCUGGAACGGCUCGUCUCAAUUUGCAAAGGAAAGUUAUCUGAAGAAAGUGAAGGCCUUAUUGAUGAUGCUCGCUCGUUAUUUAAGGAACUAAAAAACCAGAAUAUUCUAGAUCUUGAUCGUCUUGAUUUCUUAAAGGAGAUCCUCACCGAAACGGAGAAAAAGGAUCUACUCAAGGAAGUGGAAAAGUUAGAGGAGCGAAGAAAUAACGAAGAUGAGUUUGAGAGGAAGAAAGGUGUUUGUUUUAUCACUUUUACUGUUUACUGCAGUUUUGUCGCGUUCCGGCACUUUCUUAAGUAAUAUGGUGGACGUGGCCUAUAACGGAUACGUCAAGAACACAUUUUAAAUUCAAACUCGGCGCUCAUAUAUUUUGUUAUACCUGAAGGUACUUUGCAAAUUCAGAAUGCCAGGCUAUUAAAUUGUUCUGCUGUCUCGAAGUCAUGGCUUCCAGUUUAAAUCAUGUUUUUGGUGCGAAAACUGUAUGGCUUUUCAUUCAGACUAUUUAGUGCUUUGAAAUCCCUCCUUUUCAUCUAAGUAUAUGCAGGACGUAUGUGAGUAUGGAGGACUCGUGUCAUAUGAACUUCGUAAUGGGCAUUACUCACCACAGAGUCUCUUCGGCUCAGUGGUAGAGCAUCAGAGCGCAAAAUUCAAAGGUCUGAGGUUCAGUUCCUCUCAGAAUUUUUCCUUUGUCCCGUGCUCAUGACAAGAAAGAAACAUCUUUCUCUUUUCCUUCACCGAGCUCAAAACUUACCAUCUUUCUUAUUUUAUAUACAAAACAUCACAUCAACAUUGCUGAUCCUAGCAGUAUGAAGAAUACAUGUUAUGUACAAACUUUGUAAUGUGCCUUGCUCACUAGAGUCUCUUUGGCUCAGUGGUAGAGCAUUGGAGCGCGUGAUCCGAAGAUCAUGAGGUCUGAUUCCUCAUGUGGACUCAGAAUUUUUCCUUUGUCCAUGCUUGUGACAAGAUGAAAAGAUGAAAAACAUCUUUCUCUACUUCUUUGUAGAGCUCACGAGCAGAAAUUGACAACAGUCAGUGCAUCAAAAUUUUUGGUUUUGCUCUACUGAGUCUGUGCAUGGUUGCUCGCAAUUCAAAAAUACCUAAAAUUUCAUUCUACAGAGGACUAAAUCGACUCAGCAGGACAGAUUUUUUUUCCUGGUAUUUAUGGGAUACGGACACAUAUAUACUAGCGCUACAUACCUUGUUAUCACGAUUCGAGGUGCCGACAUGUUUUUGUUUGAAUGAAUCCUUCAGAAUGAAAGCCUUAAUGAGUUCUCACAAAAUUGUAAUCGUGACUAUUGAUAUUGUGGGAGAAUAACUCACAAGCUUCAAGUUAACUUGGAAAGAAUCCACAAAGGCUUUAAAAGGAAAAUUGUGACAAUGUAAUUCUUUGACAACAAUUGAAUUUAACAGAUGUACAUGUAUUGUGGAACUUUAUCUCUGUAUGAAAGAAUUUCCAUUAGAUUUUUGUAUUCACCUUUCCUCCGAUCCACUUCCCCUUUUAGUUGCACUGUCCUUGUGGUUUCCCAGCAUACUCUGUUAUUGCAUGCUUUCUUCCUUUUGUCACUUCCUACAAACUCCAUUUUUAAUGCUCUUUGAUUUUGAAAAAUUUAUUCAAGUCUCUCUUUAAGAAUAUUUGAAUUCUUUUACUCUCUUUGUGAGAGGACCUAAUGGUUUUGCUUGACAAGUCCUCUUAUUCUAAUUUGUUAUUUUUUCUAAACAUAUUUGAUUAGCUCUGACAGAUUUCAACAAAAAUAGUAUAUUUGAUAGAAACUGUAUGUGGUUAGGACUAAGUUAACUUUAAAAAAAAAAAACCAAAGGGAAAGUGAGAAAACUUGCAGCCAAUUGAACAGCCUCUUGUAACAGAUGAUUGUAAAGGGGUAAUUGUUUUGAUAUUUUGAAUUAUUUUCUUGUCUUAAAAAUUCGACAUUUUUUUACUAGUGUAGAGCAACAUGUACCAGAUAAUAAAGAAACAGAAUUCAUGAAGCACAUUUUCUUACUUUAAAAUACUUUCUAUCGCUGUUUGCAGUUUACUUUGAUCAAAUUGCGUGUCACAGGCUACAGAGAAGAAAGAGAUUUUUUUUACAGACACAAUCUAAUUCAGGAAACAAGGCUGGGCUGGAACGCCAGCAGAAUCUGUUACCUCACUCUGUGCAAUGAAGAAAACUUAUGUCAUCAUUAGCUUCAUCGCUUUCACCGUCAUCAUAGUCCAUCUUCUUUGUCUUCAUAAUUAGUAUCUUUGUCACUUACAUUUUCACCCCCAUGGAAAUCCUCAUCUGUCUACAUGGUGAUGAUUUUCUAACUUCAUAUAACGUAUGGAAUGGAAAAACAAUAGCUUGCUAUCAUCUAAACAUAACCGUCUAAAAAUCCUUAAAUGUUCUAAAAAUUCUGUUUGACUGUAAAAAUCCUUGAGAAAGAAAUUCCAGAUUUUUGUUUCAAGCCCUUCCUCUUAUUAACUUCAAGCCUAACUUGGACCCUGAGCUCAAAAAAUGGAAAGUGCUCUAUCGAAAAAGCAUAUGGUAAAACAGUGAAAUGAAAUAUUUCCUGGCUUAAGAAAAUAGUCUCUGUUUCUAUCUCUAUUAAGUCAUGAAACUUUUGAAAUCACCCCGACAUACCUGGGCAACAUCAGACAAUCAUCUUUUUUGUUUUUGCGAAAGGACUUUAGCAAUAGCCAGGUCAGAGAGUCUCCUGGAGUAUAUUCUUUUGUGUCAGGUUAUGUUCACCAUUUGCUUUCUCUUGGCUGGAUAGGGAGACAAAAAAAAAAGAGUGCAAUUCAGUGACACUUUUUGGCGUCAUUGUUAUUGUGUUUCUGUGAGUUUGUGCAUUUUACAGAAAUUUAGAACAUCUCAGCGCUCAGUUGAGGUUUUGAUUUUUUUUCAUGGAUAGAAAUAAUUAAAUUUGUGGAAGUUUUUCACCAACAAUAUUCACCAAAUGUCAUGCAAGCAACCCAGGUUAUGUCCACUAAGACUGGCCACUAGAAAGAUUCCACCAAGAAAUUCACAAGACCUUCACGAAAUGGUGGUCAUGAACAAUGUUUAGCACUCAUGAUGCUGAGUCAUUGUGUAUCAUGGUAUCACACAGCCUGAAAGGUCUGAGUUGACACAGGGUAGACCACAACUUGAAUUGCAAGUAGACAAAAGUUACCAAAAAUAUUCAGGUCAGCUUUUCAUCCUGAUACUAAAUUGAAUGGAUCAUGUGUACUAUAGGUGGACUCGGUCGACAUAUCGGGCGACAGUCGGUCGAUAUAUCGGUCGACUAUCGGUCGACUAUCGGUCGACUAUCGGUCGACUAUCGGUCGACUAUCGGUCGACUAUCGAUCGACAAUCGACCGACUAUCGGUCGAUAGUCGACCGAUUGUCGACCGAUAGUCGACCGAUGGUCGACCGAUAUAUCGACCGACUGUCGGCCGAUGCAUCGGCCGAUAUGUAGCGAUCAACUGCCGGUGAAGUAUCGGUCAAGUAUCGGUCAAGUAUCGGUCAAGUAUCGGUCAAGUAUCGGUCAAGUAGCGGUCAAGUAUCGGUCAAGUAUCGGUCAAGUAGCGGUCAAGUAUCGGUCAGGUAUCGGUCAAGUAUCGGUCAAGUAUCGGUCAAGUAUCGGUCAAGUAUCGGUCAAGUGUCGGUCAAGUGUCGGUCAAGUGUCGGUCAAGUGUCGGUCAAGUGUCGGUCAAGUGUCGGUCAAGUAUCGGUCAAGUAUCGGUCAAGUAUCGGUCAAGUAUCGGUCAAGUAUCGGCCAAGUAUCGGUCAAGUAUCGGUCAAGUAUCGGCCAAGUAUAGGUUCACUUACCGACCAUAUCGCUCAGAAGAAAAUAGGCUAAGAAAGAGUGCGAGGUUUUUUUUCGAUAUGUUCCGAUUUGGUAAUGGAAAAUUACAUUGUAAAGUUGGUCGCUCUUGUGUAACUAAUGUUGUGCCUUAACGUAUUUCCAUUAUUCCUAAAACUACCCGGCUUAUGCUUUAUCCCUGAUGUCAUAAUGCCCUUAAUCCAACAUACCUAAAAUGAUUAUUAUUCCUUAGCUCUUAUAGCUCUAACAGGUCUUUAACGUUAUAUUGCUUGUACAACGUUACCGAUAUUAACUGUCCAGUUUAUGUCGGUAAUGGGAUCCACCUAAAUUGUAUCAGCUAAAACUGCAGUGUGUAACUGCCCAGCUAAACGAAAAGUAAAUGAUCUUUUGAAACUGAACUAGGCGGUUAAACUCAUAAGCAAAGCGAUUUUAUAAAGACUUCUUUUUGCAGUGCGAGGUCAGCCGUUGUUUGUUUGUUUUUUCAUGAUUGUUAUUUUACCUAGAAUAGGGCGUCUUUUUGGGGGUUUGGGCCUUAACAACGGUAUCAAUUUUUUUUAUCCUUAAAUAGGGAACUCCGCGGCACCCACCUAUCGGAAAUACAGUACUAAUCCGCUUAUAAGAACCUAGAAUUCACGAACCUGUUAGCCUAAAAAUAUCGAUUUAGACCCCCUUUACAUAAGAACUUAUUUAGCCUAAAUUUGAAACAGGUUCCUGUUUUAGAAAAUAAACCUUAAAGAUCUUUAGGCAAAGAUAAAAGACAUGACUCUCAAAAGUAGUGAACUUAAACAUAUAUGAACUAUAAAAAUCUCUAAAUUUGGUAUAAAUAAUGUAUGAAAAACAGUAGUAUGUACAUGUUGGUUUUGAAUUAGAAUUCACAUGAGUACACCAUACGAGUACAUUUAGAACCGAGAACUCAGAUUCUUAUUAGCGGGUAAGUACUGUAGUUUGACUUACUAAAACAAAAUCAAGUCUGCAAUGAAUAUCUAGUUGUCUUUGCCUCCAGAUAAUCCUCUUGCCAUUUGGAUUAAAAAUUCUCCAAACAUCGCAUAGCUCCAAAUUUUCCAUCGCAUUUUGCACUACCUUUAAAGCGUUCUGAUGUGUUCUGGCGAUGCCAUUUUUUCAGAAAAUUGAGAGAGUAAAAACAUCCUAAGCAGCUGGUCUGCUAGGAGACUUACUCUUCUAGGUAAAAUCACGAUAAUAAAAGCUUUGGCAGUAUCCCAAAUUGUACGUGUUUUAACCUCUCUUCCAACGCAUCAGGGUGCACUUAAGGAAAUCGAUACCCUGCUAUAUGACUUUCUCUGGGAAAGCAAAGGGGACAAACUUAAAAGGACACAAAUGAUCAAUGAUUACGAUAAAGGAGGCCUCAAGAUGAUAGAUAUUCAAAGUUUUAAUAAAUUGCUAAACAAAAAGUGGGUAAAUGGAAACUUCUCGUAGACUUCCUCCUCCAGAAGUGUAGGGAGAAAGUAAUGUUUUUAAAGUGCUACUACGAUCAAACUAUCCAUAUCCAUUUUUUAUGAUUUCGUGUAAAAUGUGACUGUCUAAAAUACCUUGCUAAAUAUCAAUCCAUUACGACCAUCAGAAAUCUUUUUUUAUUUGUACUUUUAUUUCCGAGAAGUUGCAGUCGCCAUUUCUUUAUCUCGUUCCAAUUAUAGCCUGGUUGAGAAUUAGGGAAAAUGACGUCAAAUGCUCAAAAUACCUCGCGUAAAAUAACUCGAGUGUGCUAGACUAUUGCAAUGUUUGAAUUUAUUACAGGUACAGUAAAAAACCCUUUUUUAAGAACCUAGAUUUUAAGAAAAAAUAGAUUAACUGAAAAUGUUAGACAAAAAUUGUGCAUUAAAACUCCUUUUACACGAGAACCUGUUUUAGCCUACAACUUUGAAACAGGUUCUUUUUUUUGAGAAAUUCAGUCAAAGCAACAACACAGUUCCAUGUAUUAAUGUUGCGUUUUGUUCUGUUUAUCUUGGAUAGCUUUGUAAACUUGGUAAAUAUAUGCUUGGAUUUUUAACAUAUUAUGUAUACAAUACCAAAAAUAGGCCACGCCCUCCAAUGACAAACAACUCAUUUAUUUUGAAAACUAGACUGCGAGCAGAGGGCGCGAUCGACGAGCGGUGAGCGGCCAAGCUGCGAUCUCUUUUCGCUGUGACUGACGCCCCUGCUGCUCGCAGAUCACGGCCUCGCCCCUCAUCGCUCGUCGAUCACGUCCGCUUUUUCCCCGUUCGUUCCAGUGGGAUUUCACAGCAAAAGAGACUGCUCGCAGUCUAUUUGAAAACAAGAACCUGUUAAAGAACCUGAGUAGCCAAAUUUUCCAGUUAAGCACCAUCUUUUAUAAUAACCUUCUUAGCCUUGCUUGGAAAAAAUUAGGUUCCUAUUAGCGGGUUUUUACCGUAUAUGCUUCUGAGUCUAAAAUUGAAAAAAAUACCAAAUUUCACCAAUGUUGCACUAAGGUCACAGGAACUGUCCCAUUUCGGGGGAGGGGGGUACUCCCGUAAAUUUUGAAUAAGUGUGUGCCUCGAAGAGUCUUGAACCCUGUCCCACUUUAAGGAUGAAACAAACGAGAAUUGUCCAAACACGAAAUAUGACACCCUAUUCAAGGAAAAACAAUAACCAAACAACGGCUAACCACGCGCGGCAAAACACAAAUCUCGAUAAAAUCGCUUUAUUGACAAUUUUAGCGGAAUUUGCUUUUUGUUUAGCUGGCCAUUUACACACUGCAAUUUUAGCCGAUACAAUUUACAUAUCCUAUCUAAAGAUCACAACGGAAACACAAUGCUAACAGAGGCAAAACGAUAACCGCCAAAACCAUACCCUAUUCCGCGGCACAUACAUGUAUAUGGGAGUACCCCCACCUCUGGGUAUUUAAAGUGGAUAUUGUUCUGCAAUGUCCUCCAUCAACCGUCCAAAACAGCCAUUCGGGUGACGCUCACCAUGCCAUCUUAUCCACAUGAAUUCCUUAAGGUAUUCUGGUAGGAAGUUAGGACUUGUGUUCCCUUUUUUAUCUUCUUAAAUUUGUCCUUUGCUGCAGACCGAUUGCUCUCUGCGUGUUGUGUGAGGACACCGGUGAUUGGGUCUACAAAGUUAACCGAGUGAUUAACCGUUUGAUGAUUGAAACCCAAGACCCUUUGCAUUUGCCUGUAUGCCGCCCAUUCAUCAGUAUAAACCAAAGAGCCUGGUUGUACGUGUCUUUGGAUAAUGGUCAAAAGAGUACGCGCAUCUCGCCUUCUCACAAGCUGUAAAUACGGUCGAGCAGGGGUCAUACUGUGUCAAAAAGCCCAAGAACCCAUCUCUCUCCUCGAGGUCGACGUCCCCUUUGGAACUGUGCUUAAGAAGAGACAAAUUUCAUUAAAACGUGUUGAAUAUAUAGAAAAAAAUUAAGAAAGACUGUUUCCUAGCAGGUGCAGGACAUAAGUGGGUAUUAUAAACUGAAAUACGGUUGAUGUAAUGUUUCGUAUGUAUUUUAGUUGAUAUGUUUUCUGUUGUAAAAAAGACCUGAAUGAAAUACAAUGUAUACGAGGCAUCGAGGUGAAUCUCUUUAUGGGCACAUUUCUUGAUGACACAUUAAUUGUUAACAUUUUCAAGGUAAAAUGCGCACAGUUUUUGGCAUUUUGGCUCUAAUCUGGCUACAGGUUUUGCCGAAGAUUUUGGGAAUAAUUCGGAUGGCGCUAUUUUUCUGUUGAAGUCACUACGGUGAGAUCGACUUGCUGGGAUGGAAGAGAAGAAAAUAAAACGUGCUAUAGCCAUUCGCGAGAAGAAGAUAAUGUGCAAAUAAGCUUACAUUUGUUCAAUUGAUCUUCAAAGGAUAGUGACUAAAACACCACACGAGCACUACGAGUAACAUACAAGUACAUACGAGUAAUUACGAGUCAUACGGGCGCACACAGAUACAUAUGAGUAACAUAAAAGUAACAUACGAGUACAUGGAGUAACACAGAUAACAUACGGUCAAAUGUGGGUAAUACGCAUGAAAUCUGCAAAGUAAAAUACAAGAAAUUGGACCUUUAACGUAAAUCGUCGAUUUGUUUUUCACUGCUCGGUAUGGAGAGAAAUUAGCAUUUGAGGGUGUGUGUGUCUGCAUGUGUGAUGGGGGUGGGGGGGCUGGGAAGAGACCUUCCUUAAUGCUUCCUGUGAGCCUAUUACUGCAUAAAAUAGCAAUAACAAAACUAAUAAUAAAUUCAAAUACUAUUCAAUCCAGUAGGCUGAACAACAACGCUGAUUUCCUACGGUUACCACCCUCCCGAGGUAAUACCCGGGACAAGAUCGGCCCUUGUGACCCUAGGGUGAAAUAUGUUUGAAGUUUUCAGUUUUUCCCGUGGCUAGGGGGUUAGGCAACUUCAAAUAACUACCCACACAAAGACUCCUGGGGCGAAACGAGAUAUGUAUUAUUUUAUUAUUUUUUAUAAUUAUUUCAUUAUUUCUCAUUUCUUUUAUUUUCAUUGUAUUUAUUAUUAAUUUAUGUUAUUGCUAUUUUAUGCAGCAAUAGGCUCACACGAAGCACACGCAAACACACCCUCAAAUGCUAAUUUCUCCCCACACUACCCCGUUUUGUACAUAUGAUAUCAUUUGCACAUUUAUCGCGAUUGCCUACCUAAUUUACCCCGACCUGCUCUCGUGCUGGUCUCGUAGCUCAGUCGGUAGAUCUAAUUCGGAGGUCGUGGCUUCAAUCCCGACUUGGUCAAUUUUUCUUUGCCCCGUGAGGACUCCCAAAUUUCCUUUAAAAGGGUAGUAACCCAGGGGGAUUUAUUGUAUUGGCAGUAUUGCCUUCUUCCAGCACCCAAACAUUUAAUUUAAAAAAAUUAUAAUUUAUAUUACGGGUGCUUCGCGGUUCACAUUCUAUAUCUAUAUCAUUUGAACCAAUGAAUACACCGAGCAGUAAAAACAAAUCGAAGGUUUCCGAGAAAGGUCCAAUUUCUCGUAUUUUACUUUGUUUUUACAAAUCAAAGGAUAGAAAGUCAAUUAAGCUUUCGCUAAAAUGCAUGCGAUCAAAAACCAUUUCCCAUUUGAGUUUUGGAAUGUAAUUUUUUUUUGGAUGACAAACUGCAGUUACCAGUAUACAUCUUGUAUUACGGAGGACAGUAAGGAAAUUAACCAAUGUUUUUUAAAACACUUGCACACAGCCAUUGUUUUGCUCCAUUUACAUCAUUUGACUACAUCAUCGGAAAAUGAAAUUUCCUUACUCGCGGUCCAAUGGGAACAAACAGUGUUAGAAUUGUUUUGACGUUUACUAAAAACACACGCUUGAUAUAGAAUGAAAUAGUAAUCAAAACUUUAUGAGUGCGGCUGGAAGAAUUGCGAGUUCACUCUACCGACGUCCCGUUUGCCGUCAUGUCUCAAACUGGAGGUUUUUAACCCUUUAAAUAGUCGAAUUGUGUGCUCUUUAUCGACAGACGGUGACACUUUUUUUUAAAGAAUAAUGACAGCGGCGGCGGAAAAAAAAGUUAAAAUGCCAUUCAUUGUCCAAUGAAAUAAGCUUCCAAAGCACAGAUAAUAAAACCAAAUAUAACCUAACCUUUGAAAAGGGUGUAGUAAGUCUCCAACACAAUAAACAUCGUGCGUUGUAGAUCUCAUAAUUUUGAUCUACUGUAAGUGAACACAGAUCCUUAAUUCUCACACCACAUCUACAUCUCCGGAAAAGUAACAGGCAAAGUCAGUAGGUUGAAUAUACUUGAAAAACUAGAGAGGGUAAAGGACCGUGCACUUAUGUAUGACAUGUAUUUAUAGCAAAGACCCUUCAUUAAGAAAGAAUGCUCAAUUUGAUUGGUUUACAAAACACAUUAAAGGGUCGUCUCACCCAAGAUAUGUUAAUUACGAUAGACAGAUGUUUUCAAAAGAAGACACCCACCACUACAGAUAAUUCAUUUCAAGUAAAGAACACGCAUCGUAAUUAAAGGGGCACAAAUAUGCUUUGAUACCUAAAGUAAGAUGUACAAAACAUGGUCUAAGGUCUCUUCGUUACUUCGCCGCUGUAAGGACUUAGAAUUCGCUGCCGGAGACGAUACGCGCUAUGGCCGGCACAAGAGAAAUUUAAAACUGAAUUCCAGACACGCAAUUUACAUCUAAAUUAUGAGGUAAUCAUAUUACUUAUUAGAGUUUUAUAUCUUUUAUCGUGGAAUAAACCCUCCCUCCCGAGGGGCAAUGAAUUAUCGGCCAAGUAUCAGUGAAGUAUCGGUGAAGUGUCGGUCAAGUAUCGGUGAAGUGUCGGUCAAGUAUCGGUCAAGUACCGGUGAAGUAUCGGUCAUGUAUCGGUCAAGUAUCGGUCGUGAAUCGGUCAAGUAUCGGUCAAGUGUCGGUCAAGUAUCGGUCAAGUGUCGGUCAUGUAUCGGUCAUGUAUCGGUCAUGUAUCGGUCAAGUACCGGUCAAGUAUCGGUCAUGUAUCGGUCAAGUAUCGGUCAUGUAUCGGUCAAGUAUCAGUCAUGUAUCGGUCAAGUAUCGGUCAUGUAUCGGUCAAGUAUCGGUCAUGUAUCGGUCAAGUAUCGGUCAUGUAUCGGUCAAGUAUCGGUCAUGUAUCGGUCGAGUAUCGAUGGUUUAAGACUAUAUCGGUCGACACAUUUAUCGGUCGACUGUCGGCCGAUAUAUCGGUCGACUAUCGACCGAUAGUCGGUCGACAGUCGACCGAUAGUCGGUCGAUUGUCGGCCGAUAGUCGACCGAUAGUCGACCGAUAUAUCGGUCGACUGUCGCCCGAUAUGUCGACCGAGUCCACCUAUAGUACACAUGAUCCAAUUGAAUUUAAUGUGAUAUGUUCUGUAUUGUAUGAUGUAUUGGUAACCACAACUUUAAACUUUGAAAAAAAUAUUACAAAUGAUUUUAGUUUUGGGAUUAAAUGUCCUCCUGCAAUACUUGGUCAAAUAGUCAAGAUCACCAUAAUAUAAUCUCUUAUUGGGCCACCAAAGUCUGGUUCCUGUCAAUUACAUGACAAGGACUGCAGUGGAGUCUACAAUGGCAUUCCUGUCUUGUCCCCAGAGCUCACUAUACUAAGCACAAGACCUCUUGUGGUAUCUUGGGGUAUCCUUCUUAGGUAGAGGUUGUAAAUCUUAUUCUCUGCAUAAUCACAGUUGCUCACAAUUAGUAUCAAUUUUAACAGUUAUGCCAGUUUGGCUAUACUUUUCAUCAUUACUGUUUUGUUCUGUUCUGUUUUUGAACAUGAAAUGCAAGUGUUAGCAGUGUUUUUUACUGCUGUAGGUAAGCUUACAAUCUAACUGAGGGUGAAAACCUUCCAACUCAGAGUGUCCAUUUCAUUUUCUCUUUGAGGAUUUUCCUCUCUGAUCACAUUAUAAUUGUAUCAGAUAUGGCGCUUGACAUCAGUUUACAAACCUUUUUUGGUUCCUGUGUUGCCAUUUGCCAACUUGCUUGUUCCGAAAUAUCAAUUUCAAUUAAUAAAAAUGAGCUAGGGAGAAGUCCAGGAAAUGGCCAGACAUACUACAAUUUGGCAGAUGGCGUGACAGCUUUAGCUCCCUUGCUUUAGGUUCUAUACUCUGAUAAAGCAGGCUGUUUCAACAAAAGACUGUGUGUGUUAUAUCGAACUUUAUUAUAAGAUAAAAUAUUCUUUGAAGUAGACAACUCUGACAAGUUAUCAAUAGAACUGAUUUAUUGUUUGGAACAUCUUGGAUGGUUGAGAGAUAGAAACAUGUGGUGAAACUAUAGGUGGCUUUGUAAGGAAAAUAAUUGGAGAAAUCCCCUGCAGAGGUUGGUUGGGGGGGGGGGGUGGAUAGACUUAAGUUUUUUCUGCACACCAACCGGCAGAAAAUUCCCAUUGGCCAUGCAAGAACACUGCUAUAUGUCAAUUUACUGUUCCGGUUUCUUUUCAAGGGAGAUGCACAGAACAUUAAAUAGAAAGCAUUCAAGGCAAAAACUAGGCAGUUGUGCCGCCCACACUGAUCAUCAAACUUCCAGAAAAAUCUCUAGCCAUACAGAAGGUAUUUACAGGAUAGUCUACAAGCCCCCUCUGUGCAGAUCAGCAUAUUAACUAAAAAGUUAAAAGAAUAAUUGUUAAGGUAGCUGACCUUUGAUCAGAUAGAAUGUAACAUCAAUGAAUGCGUACAGGUUUCUUGCACCAAUGUUAAAUUCAAGUUCUGACUUAUAAUUUUAGGACAAGCAGCUGCUUAUGUAACAUCUACUGCAGACUGGAUUAAAGGUAUUUAUUGAAAAUUGGGCUUUCAUCUUUAUAUAACAGUUAUUUAUUUCUCUACAUUCCACACUUUGUCAACAGUACUAAGUUACUUAAUUAACUUGAAAUUCAUUAUUUGCUUUGUCAGACAGCUAGCUAACAUAUAUUACUUGAGUAGGCAUUUUUUUAUACAAGCUAUUUUCUGAAGUUAACCAAAGACUGAAAUAUUACUUGUGCAGCUUCAAGUGUGACAUCUAAAAAAUACUAACAUGGGCCACAAACAAAUACAGUGUGAGCUGAACUUUUGCUCAAAGAAUUUGUUUUCAACAGGGCCAAUUUAACCCUUUUACUCCCAACAUCUUGUUUGAAGAAUUUUAUUUUGGAUCAACCAAUAAUUGCCUCAUUGAUAUUUUUCUUUAUUCUUGUCCUUUCUCUGCUUGAUAUUGUAUUUUGUAAGGAGAAAUUCUGUCUUGGUCACACAUGGGAGUUAAACGGUUAUUAGGGAAGCCACCUGGCAAUGCGGAUACUUUUAUUUAAGAAUAAUUAAAAGUUUAUUUUUGGCCACUUUUUGGAAAUCAAUGAGUUGAUCUGAUUACAUUAACCUCAAAACCAUCGACCAAAUGGGCCGCUUCAAUAUUAUUUGAUAUUUAUAGAUAUUAUUAUUAUCAUUAAUAAUUAUGAUGAUCAAUCAUUAGUCAAAGAAAGCUGUUAUCUACAUAAACUAGCAUUAUCCUCAAUUCCAAUCAUUUCAUUGGCUGUAAACAGUAAUUGUUCCCAAAGCUGGUCCUUUGUUUUAGUUUUAAUAUCCAAUUACUGUAUGCAUAUAAUCAACAUGGCUCCCACAUAAAGUCUUGCAUUUGCAUGCAUAGAUAAUACUGAGUGUGUGGAAAAGAUUGGAUUUAUCCACAUGUUUGCAGUAAAACUAGGCAGAGAGCUAAUUUUACUUACCCUUGCAGCAAUCCCUACCACUAGUAAUAUAAAUUGAGACUUGAUGACUGACUCUUGUAUCUUGCUGUUUCUUGAACAAUUAGUCUACAGAGCUGGUUGCUUUGAAAGUUUUAACUAGUGAAAGGAGUGGGAAAUAGAAAUCUCAUUUCCAGGCCCUGUUCUGGGAUUGUUGUCCUCUUCUCAUCCCUUUUUUCCUUUACCCCUCACAAGAUUUCGAACUGAUCAGUCUCUUUCCAUCUUCAAAAUAUAAUGUUCUCAUUAAUUGAUAUAUGGUGAAUUUUUUCUUGGGAGGGGGAGGGGGGGUGAACAGGUUCUUGGGCUGAUUGGUUUCUCUUCAUCUAUAUUUGCACUCACAGUAAUUUGUUUUGAUGGUGUCUGUCUUAUUGGCUGGGGAAGAUGAUGUCAUUACCAAAUUUGAUAGAGGGCUGGAUUUUUUCCCUUAUUCCUUGAGGAAGGUAGACUUGAAACAUGCAAACUGAAACAAACCUUGUAUGAUCAAACCUACACUCCCCAACCCAUGACUGGCUUCCAAAAAAUGCUCAACGGAAAAAGAUCAGGGAGAGUAUACUGAGUAAUGGCUGUCCCUUGGAAUGACAGAGGUUCUGUCAGAAGCUGUUGCAUUUUGGCCCUUUCUGCAUAUCUUUAAAUUUUGAGGUAAGUCAGUUUUGGAAAGUUGAAUUGAUUAGAGAUUUCUUUAUUCAUUUUUCCACGUUGUUGUUUUCAGCACCGUGUGUUGGGGGCGUGUCCUUUGUCGUAGAGAAGCUAAAAAGUGGUGAGUCAUUGAAGGCCGUGUGGCUGAGUGGUGGUGGCGUUAGAUUCAUUUUCUGAUGAUCCCGCGUUCAAGCCAUCCACCUUACUAUGCUUCUUAGUCGUCCUAAGUUCAACUCCUUCGCCAUGUGCUGUAUAUAGCCAACUGGUCUGCCUCUGUCUAGUUGGGAUUUUUAAAACACUAUGUUUUUUUUUACAGUAACUGUGUUCAACUUGUUUGUAUUGGCCUUGAAUGGCCCCAUAGGGGAAGUGGUCAAUUAUCAUCGUUAAUUCUCAACAAUCACCACUAAGCGGUUAUGAAAUUGUUCCUUUCUCUUGUCGGAGUAAAAAAUUUUGUGAAAUGCUGCAAAACUCUGCAGCACACAGUGUCUGUACACACCCAUUCCUAUCUCGGACCGGUAAUGCUAGUGCCAUUUGCUUCCCAAGCAAACCUGAAUUGUUAUGAGCGCACGCAUUCUAUUCAGUGUGUGAGCGUGUUACGCGUGAAAUAAAUUAUAUGAUUCUUUCUAUAAACCAUCUUCUGAACUAUUUACCAAUUGUUGUGCUUUCUUUCGACAGCUAUAACUUUGGUGUGUAAUUUUCGUACCGCUGCUGGUGUUCUUCUUGUGGUUAACAGUGCCAUGGCUCUGCGAAAGUGCAAGAGUCCCAAGGACUUCCAGGAGACCUUUGAAAAAGUUAUAUUACCUUCAUUCAACAAGCUGAUUGAGAGCAGUAAUGGUUCUGUACGCUUCACGGUAGAAUCUGAGAAUUUGAUUGCUUUGAAGGAGUUAUGGGAGAUCUACAAAGAUGGAACAUUGCAGAGUCGUCUUCAAGAAUUCCUAGUCACUGAUGAAAUUAAGCAGCUUGCGAACGGAGAAGACAUUGAAGUGACAGUGUUCAUUGAUGAACACGAGUAUAACGAAGCCUAUUUCAAUUUGUCUUUACUUCAUCAUCAAGGUAUGCUUGUAAUGAUAAAAGGUAGUCAUAAGCCAUGUAAAUAUUUGCUUUUAUUAGGAAAGUUUCCUCGUACAAGUCAAAAUGUAAAUGUAAUUUAAAAGUGCGUCCUAAUUGGUUAGGUUAAUUCGGACAGUUCUGGUGCUACAUCAGGCAAACUGAGUAAUAAGUAAGAACCAAUCCGGAUACACUCUUUCUUAUUGAAACAGUUAUAUCCACGGUCAAAUUUCUGAAUUAGUUGUCGCUGGCCCAAAGAAGCUGCUGAAUUAUUGAUCAGCUGAUUAGUGACCGUCAACAACAUAUACAAAACAAAUCUGAAAUUUCGAAAUUCGAACGGAGCAUGUUUCUUUUUUGAAAUGACCUGUGUGACCGGUCAUCGCCAUAUUAUUGCAGGCUCAUUUGAAAUGUCGCAAUUACGUUACUGUUGACUUCUCUGAGUUCUCGAGCAGUUUGGUGGCGUCUUUCCCUCAUUAUUUCGUAGCUGUUGUUUUCAAGCGUUCCUCCAUCCCUCCCCUCCCUCGUCUCCCUCUUUUUUCCUUACACAUAUAUGGCCAGAGUUUACAGAAGCCAGGAUUGAGGGCUCAUGGCUGGGUUGCUCAAGAACAUUAAUCGCAAUUUUUUACAUGGUUUAAAAUUUAGACAGCUCUUAAUCAUCAUCAAAUCUUUCUUUUAAUGGAUCAAUCAACCUCAAAUCAAAGUACAUUCUAAUUGUUCUUGUUGGUUAAUUCUUCCUUUAGCGCCAAAUGUUGAACAGGAAGAACGGCCUGGACGAAGAACCCGAAGGAAUUCGGACUCAUUUCUUUGCGUCAAACCCAACGAGAAUGAGAUAGGCUUGAUGAAGCUGAUGGAGGAAACAGAAGACAAAUGGAGGGAAGAGAAACAAAUGCUUGAAUUAAGGAUCGCAGAGUUUGAGAAAACUCUGAAGGCGGAAAGGACGAGAGAUCUGGAUCGCAAGCAUUUAGGUAACUAGUUACACCUAAUUUAUUUUCGCAAAAUGUAUAGGGGAUCACUGGUAAAAUAGAGGGCAGAGUAAAUUUCUUGCAAACAUAUAACUAUCGUAUUGCAUUAGAAAAUAUCUUUCAUGUCCUUCCCACGAAUUUGUUCAAUUGAUUUUUCCUGGGACGGAAAACUAGGUAAAACAUAGCGGAAGCAUCUAUUUUCACUAAAUUCAAAUAAAAGUUAACUUAAUCGGGGCCAUAGGUGAGUGAUACCGUAUUUACCGUAAGCAAGCGUGGUGUAGAACCAGCUUUAAGUACUACCUGAAACAUUGUUUCCGUGUGGUUAACUUGUAAGUGCCGUCGCUCUUUCUUAGGUCCAUGACUGGCGAGCGAUUUCAGCCUACUGUCGUGGUGGUCAGUUUAUCUUAGAAAAUAUGGAAGUCAUUAUGCAUCAUUAAACUUUCGUGUAAUAAAGGUUUUUUUUUUUAAUAAUUACCAAGAAAAAACGUCAUACGUCAUGCGUAAUAGGAAUAGAUUCCACAACUUGAACCAUUUAAAGUUAUGUUUUAUACCGGUCUCACCUCAGGUAGCUCUCUUACACUGCUUGUUUUGCGAAACGCCUUAUGCUAAUUUAUUCGGGCAACAAGAACAACAGCAGUGAAAAUCACCAUUUUCUUCGUUUUCAGCAAAAGGGGGAACAACGUGAGAAUUUUUGAACGCCUCUUAUUUUGAACAGUUAAUCUGUUGUUAUUCCAACUAAGUGAAAGAUGUUAUUAUAAUUAUGUCAAAAUCCAUUUAACAUAACUGAACGUACAAGUACCUUUGUUAUGGUUCGUUGUCAAAGUUUAAAUGAAAUGUCACAUUCUCCAUAUGAACCGAACGAUAGCAAUGAUGACAAAUACAUCUAUCGACAUGAAAAGCCUGGUUAAACCAAAGAGAAACUCUUUUCCUUCAUAAUCACUUGCCAUAAGAAAGUCAUCAAAAAUUGUCGUUGAAAAUAAAAAAAAAUUAUAGAUAAAAAGUAGGUCAACUACUUAUUUUGGUGAACUCUUAAAUCCUUUCCUGAAAAGGUAUUUUAAGUGUAAUCAUUGCCAAUCGUACCCCUCAAUUCUAAGCUAUUUCAUUGUUUUUUUUUCUGUAUUAGAAUAUGAGAUUCUCGAACAUCCAAGAAAAAGACAUCGAAGAAACUCUGAUUCCAAUCUGUAUUGCAAAGCAAGGAAAGUGGAGGCUGAACAAACUGAAAGCCAACUAGAGCGAGCUUUAGAGGGUGGAGUACAAUUGGAUAUCGAGAAGCGUAUGUUCGUAGAGAAUUAUUUACAGAAUAUCCAUGAAACACACAGCAUGACGACAGAGACAAGUGACAGCGGAAUAAGAACGCAUGGUGCAACAUCUGAGAUAGAAAUGCAAGAAAUAUCUGGUAAUUAUUUCAUUUUAGUCAUGGCAUGUCAGUCCCCAAAGUGUUUGGCAGAUGGCAGAGUGAAAUUUCAGCAGGAUCGUAAAACACUGAGUUACUCCGCCAGUACAUGUAACCUACAGCGGAACUUUUCUGUGGUUAGAGAUCGGAAGAACUUCAGGUCUCUUGGAAAGAUAUCUAGUUCACAAGAGAAUUGAACUAAAUGAGCGCUUCAGGAGUUAACGAGAUUCUGGAUCGAGAUUGGGUGUUACUACGCUGUGGAUCAGCAGACCGCGGAACCUCUGAACCCUAUAUUUUUAGUAAAAGAAUAGUAAUUAAAUAAAAUAGAAUACUAUAAAAUGUUUUCGGGUAUGAAGAAGAUUAUGUAUGUAGUAUUUUUUAAAUGUCGUUGACGUCCAACUUUAACUGUGGCGACAUUCACCGUAAAAGGGUAUGUAAUGUCAUAAUGAGCAAUCAGCAGUCACCUACCCCGAGUGAGAGCUGGAAUUAGCGGCGUUAAAUUCCAUUCCUUGGACAUUGUACCUGGAAUGAGAAACAUGAGCGUAAAGAAACAUCAUCAUCAUGUUGGUAUUCAUUUUUUUUCAGGCGACGACCACAAACUUUGCUGGAAACAUCUCAGCAGCGCAGUAAUCGAAAAACUGGAUUUAAGACUGAAAAACGAUCAAACUGCUUUUGAACAAGUAUGUCAGUCAUUUGGAAUUGAUAGAAUACCGUUCUUCUCUCGGGCAAGUACAUUUGCUGGAAUUCUCAGUAUGUUUCCAGAUACACCUGUUAAGCUAUUAAAAGAAGUCUUUGAAGCUUUACAGUUAUAUGACCUGAUUGAUUUGCUUGAAGAAGGAAAAUCACUAGCCAUAAGAUCGUUGCGACCUGCUCUUCGUUUACAGGAAAUAGAGAAAUUAAGGAAUCCUUAUGAUCGUCCCAUAUCUUAUCACAGCAGUGUUGCUGUUCUGAUUAUUGACUUUGCGGAGACUUGCGACACCGAGGGUAUUAAAAAGUUUUUUAAAGGUCUUAACACUAAGAGCGAGGUAACUGUGAUGCGCUGCAGAAACGUUAUUAAAGAAGUUGGGAGUUUCCCACAGCCGCUGGAGAAGGUGGCGGAGGACAUCAAGAGAGAGAUGAACAAAUUGAGUCCGACCUCUUCAGAAGUCAUACAGAGUUGGAUAUCCAAUCAAGGUUGGUGA